AUGAAGCGUGUAAAACACAACGAAUCGAGAAAAACGCCGCCUGACCUCCCGGCGGACGUCCGCCGUGAAAUACUCCUCCGGGUGCCGGCGAGGUCCCUGGUCCGCCUCCGCGCCGUCUGCCGGUCGUGGCUCUCCGCCAUCGAUGACCCGAACUUCGCCAGGUCCCACACCGACAGGCGCCUCCCGUCCGACGACACCCUCCUCGUCCGAAUCACGUCCGGGCCCCCCUUCGCCCCCCUCUACUCCCUAGAUCUAGAAGCCCUAUAUCUCGACGACGGCCCCAACAUUGUCUCCGCCGCUGCCUUCCGCCGCCCCGGGUUCCCCUCCCCGCCGCACCUCCCCGCGGCCAAUUGCGACGGCCUGCUCCUCCUUGCCGACAAAUUUUGGGCGAUCUGGAACCCCACCACCGGCGAGCUCCUCCAGCUUCCCCGUGGCGGUUACACCGCCGACGUCGCCGCGUCCGGACUCGGGUACCACCCCGCCGCCGCCGAUUACAGGGCGGUGGUGAUAGAUCGGCUCCCCCUCCCCAUUUCCAGCCAGGCGGAACCCGUCUGCCGGAUCCACAUCUACAGCCUGAGAUCCAACUCGUGGCGGAUUCUCGGCAGCCCCCCGCCGUCCUCCCGCCUGGAGGGGCCCGGCGUUUUCCUCAACGGAGCCCUCCACUGGAUCUCGCAGGGCCCCGGUGGGAUCUUCGCCUUCGAUCUCCAAACCGAUACCUUCCGGCAGGUGGGAGAGCCUCCGGCCGGCAACCACCGAAGGGGAGCUCCGGCCGGCAACUGGUACUUAGACGUCUUUGAUGGGUCUUUGGUCCUUAGUCGUUACAACAACAUAGACUACAGAUUUUCCUCGCAAUUUGAGUUGUGGGUGAUGAAGGAGUAUGGAGUGAGUGAUUCUUGGGUGAGGCUUUUGUCAGCUAAGGACCGUAGAAACUUCGAGAUUCGGCUGCCGCCGGUGGUUUACGUGAAGGGCGGCCGGAAAAUCCUCAAGAUGGUUCGUGGGGGGUUUUGUUUGUUCGACUUGAAGAGUCGUUGGUCCAGGAGUGUUGGUGUUGGUGGUCGGAAGAUUGGGUGUGCGGACAUGUCGGCGCAGGUUGUACAGGGAAGCGUUUUUCGGCUGCAUGAUAAUUGUGGUGUGGAUGAAGGCCACGUGGCGCGGGGAAAACGAAGGAGGUUCUACUUCUGUUUGAAAGAUGCUAGAUGUCGUGAUUUUAUCACAUGUGACAGUUGUCAUGUUCUAGAGCCAAAUUGGUGUAAUUUCCAAGGUGAAGAAGAAGAUUAG